CCCAGCAAAGCUUCUAUUCUUUUAGAGAUUGAAAAGCUUAUGAAGAAACUUGUCUCAUUUCUCCUUAAUUCUACUUUUUUGUUCCUUUAUAAACCCUAGCCGUGGAAGCUCUGACUGAAAACGCUAGGAACAAGCUCCAAUUUCCACACCUUUCACAAUCCCACCACUACCCAACCCACAUGGACGCCGUCAAUAUUUCCUCAUCAGUCAGACUCUUCUCUGAGAUCCUAACUCACACCGACCCUAAGGAUAUCGAGUCUGCACUCUCCUCAACUGGAAUUCCUCCUGCCCCUGAUCUUGUUCAUCAAGUCCUCAAGCUCAAUUACAGCAAUCCCUCUUCUUCUGUGGUGUUUUUCCGGUGGGUGGGCCGGGCACAUAAGCCUACCCCUUAUGCGUGGAACCUGAUGGUGGAUUUGCUUGGCAGGAAUCAGCUUUUCGAUUGCAUGUGGGAUGCCAUUCGUUCUAUGAAGCAAGAAAAUGUAUUGUCAAUGGCGACUUUUGCUUCUGUUUUUGGGAGUUAUUGUGCAGCUGGUAGGUUUAAUGAAGCUAUAAUGAGCUUUGAAGUUAUGGAUAAGUAUGGUAUUCAGCAAGAUGUUGUUGCUGUGAAUUCGCUUUUGAGCGCUAUGUGUAGGGAGGAUAAUCAGACUAUAAGGGCAUUGGAGUUUUUUGAAAGGAUAAAAUCUAAGAUACCCCCAGAUGGUGAUACAUUUGCUAUUUUGUUGGAAGGGUGGGAGAAGGAAGGCAACCCUGCAAAAGCAAGGAUUACAUUUGACGAGAUGGUUGUUCGCAUUGGAUGGAGCCCAUCAAACGUACCUGCAUAUGAUGCGUUUUUGACCACACUUGUUCAAGCCUCGCAAAUAGAUGAGGCUCUCAAGUUCCUCAAUGUUAUGAAGGGGAAGGCUUGCAUCCCAGGUUUGAAAUUUUUCUCUAAUACUCUUGAUAUGCUUUGUAAGCAGAAUGAUUAUGUGAAUUCUGUCCCAUUGUGGGAUACAAUGCUGGACAGUGGGGUAGUGCCUAAUUUGAUUAUGUACAAUAGGAUGAUUAGCUUGCUUUGCAACAAGAGUGACAUUGACAAUGCAUUUCGGUUGCUUGAUGAGAUGGUCUUCAAUGGAGCUUUUCCAGAUAUUUUAACUUAUAAUAUGAUUUUUCAUCGUCUGAUAAAAGAUAAAAAGGUUUCCCAAGUAGGCAAGUUCUUCUGUGAGAUGAUCAAGAAUGAAAUGCCCCCCACUUAUCAUGAUUGCGCUGUAGCCAUCACAGUGUUGAUGGAUGGUGAUGAUCCUGAAAUGGCAAUUGAGAUAUGGAACUACAUGGUUGAGAACCAUGUUUUGCCCCUUGAGCUUGAUGAGAGCGCAAACAUGCUUCUCAUAGGCCUUUGUAAUUUGGGUAGGUUAUCGGAGGUGAGGAGGUUUGCAGAAGAUAUGCUUGAUAGAAAAAUUAAAAUAUAUGAAUCAACUAUGUCAAAGUUGAAGACUACCUUUUAUAAGGAGGGUACCAGUGCAAGGGACAGAUUUGAUAGCCUCUCAAGGAGAUGGAGACCUUCCUAGAUAUGAUUCUGUAAAUUCCUUUUUGAUCCAUCUAGUGAAGCUUUCAUUGUGGUAUAUCUGUUACAGUCAUUAAUGGAAAAGCUUUGUGGUGAGCAUAA